AUGGAGGCUGCCGCCACCAUGGCCAUUGUUUUGGCCAAUGGCGGAGGCAAGCCUCCCAACUGGCCAGAUUUCGUUGGUACUGUUACUUUGGUGUUGAGAGACGGGAAAUGGAGCGAACAAGAGGCAUCAAUUUUCGUACCUGGAGAUAUAAUUAGUGUUAAACAAGGAGACAUUAUACAGGCGGAUGCUUGUCUCUUGGAGGGCGAUGUUCUCAAAAUCGAUCAGGCAGCUCUCACUGGUGAGUCCCUACCCGUCACAAAGAAUCCCGAUGAUCACGUCUUCUCUGGUUCCACCUGCAAACAAGGCGAGAUCGACGUCGUCGUUAUCGCCACCGGUCUCCAUACUUUCUUUGGCAAGGCUGCUCACCUUGUUGACAGCACCAGCAACGUCGGUCACUUUCAACAGAUGUUGACAUCCAUUGGUAACUUUUGUAUAGUCUCUAUUGGUAUCGGAAUGGUGAUUGAGUUUGUCUUAACCAUUUUCUAG